GCGACAUAACCAGAAGUGGUGAGCUGGCUUUAUCGAGUAGUUUCACGGUCUGCAUCCCUUUCCUCCUCACUCGCUCACUCGCUCGCUCGCUCGCUUGACCUCCACGAUGACCAAGCUGCUGCAGUGGCUGCUGGGCGUCUCCCUCAUCUGUGCGGCCUGGGGCCUGGUGACCUUUGACCUGCUGGACCUGCGGCUGCCGCCCGUGUACCGCGAGGUGGCCUGGCCCAUGCCCGUCUACCUGCUGGUGGUGUUCGGCUGCUACUCGCUGGCCACGGUGGGCUACCGUGUGGCCACCUUCAACGACUGCGAGGCGGCCGCCAAGGAGCUGCAGGCCCAGAUCAAGGAGGCCAAGGAGGACCUGAAGAGGAGAGGACUGAAGAUGUGAGUUGGGGAGGAGAAGAGGAGAGGAGGAGAAAGGAAUGGACUCUACUGUGAGACUUAACUGCACCGCAUUGUAUUGCAUACACACGCACACAUUGGAAUACGCUUACUGAUACUGAUACUUACAGAAUACUGAAUACUGAUAACACACACACACACACACACACUCUCACACGCACAUGCACACAUACAUACAUACAUACAUACAUACAUACAUACAUACACACACACGCGCAGGGCCACUGACAGCAUUGGCAGGGCCCAGGACAAGGUCAUCUGAAAGGGCCCCAAACCCAGUACAUGCAAUGUAAUGAGGACCCAAUUCUGGGCCCCCUAUCUUCCUGGGGCUGAGACAAGUGACCCCUUUGUCCCCCCUUAUCGGCUUCCCUGCACGCACGCGCACGCACACACACACACACACACACACACACACACACACACACACACACUCUGAUAAACACACUCUCAUUCACACAUACUCAUAUAACCACACACACAUACUAUACACACGCAAUCAUGAACAUACUGUACUUCCCUAACCACAGCGCAUACACAUUUCUUCAAACACAAUCUGCGUUUAAUAAAGGCACACAUAGAGACACCACAUGCAUUCAUGGAUUGAAGAGACAGCAUCUUUGCCAGUGUCAUUUUCACUAAAAGAAGAAAAAAAAACACCCAAAAAACUCUUGUAUGGCCUGGCACGACAAUAGAGAAUCACCAAUGCUUCUGGAACGAGAGACUUGUUAUUAUUCCUGAUAAGGAGACAGACCCCGUCCACUGGCGUCAGGGAUGAAUAUGCGGAGGCCACCCUGAUACAGCAGGAAGGAACACUGGGCUGGGGGGCUGUGUAUGGGGGGAGUGGGGGCAUAUUAAUCCCUAGACGUUCCCACUGAUGUGAUGACAUGAGGGGAACAUUAUCUGAUCAGAGGAACAGCACCCCGUCAGCCGUGUGCAUUCUUAUGUCAUGACCAGGGAACCCCCCC